AUGGAUCUACCCAAAGAACUCUUGGUGGAGAUAAUCGGGCACGUCCUAACGGUCUCUUCACCCAUCACGCUUCGAGAACGCAAAGAGGCCCGCUGGUCCAAUGAAAUCGCAAACCUUCGAGAUAUCCCUCAGUGGUCACGUCAGCAACGUUUUCCAGCCGGAUAUCAGCACCCGCCGAAGCGGAAGCGCAUGCGAAAAAGCCCUCUAUUACCCGUCAUCGCAGUGUGCAAGGACUUUUACUUCGCUGGUUUGGAGGCCUAUUACUCCAAGAACGUUUUUCACUUUGACAGUGUUUCGCAUCUUCAGCAGGUCAAGGCGCGGUUGAGUGAGAAGCAUAAGAGCUUUUUGGAGAGGGCCGAAAUUGAAGUGCAGUGGCUUAGGGCUACGCCUUGGGGUGUCGAUCCACCUGUCUACAGCACUGCUCCUGGCGGCCUUCUCUCUGAGGAUGUGUUGGCGGAUGUGCCCCGGCUGAAAAAUGUUGUGGUGGUGUGCGUGAGCGAGAUGACCGUAUAUCUGGCCGCGGCGAGUAAGGCGAAUGCGGUCAAGGAACAGAUCAAAGACCUGGUCGUGGCUGGUUGGAAAAGUGCAGCAGAGAAAGGGAUUCUACAAUUCGUGUUUCCCAAGGAGUGGGGCGUGGUGGAAAACAAGUAG